AUGAAAAGGAAAUGCACAAACUCGUAUGUAUAUGAGAUAUCUACUGGACAUUCAGAAUCACUAACAAAUAUAGAUGUAGCUUGUGUAGAUCAUUAAAGGUACGCAAAAUAUGAAUAUGAAAUUGUUUUGAAAAUAAUACUAACUUGGCGAGAAAAAAUGUGAUGGUAAUAACCCUUGCUCUAGAUGUGAACAGAGAAAAAUUGCUUGUAAAUAUAUAUACGAUGACAAACGAAGAAAGAGAAGAACAUCCUUGAGCCAUAUACAGGCGUUGGAAAAACAUAUCUUUGAUCUUGAACAAACACUCAAGAAAUUAGUUGAAUCAAUUGAAAAGCCAGAUGAAAUAAUCAAGACGCUAAAGCAAAUAUCAGAAGGCGAUCUGGGUAUAAAUAUUAAAUCGGAUUUAUCUAGCGAUUUACAAGGUAUUAAAUUAGCACCAAUAAUAGUGCAAGAUGCAAAGUCAACUUCAAUUUUUGGUCCGGCAAGCAUAUAUAAUGAAUCGUUGUUAAUAGCAAACGAACAAAACAUAAAUGACAACAAUUCAGUGGAGCAUCCGAAGAGUAUGGUCGGUAAUACUAAAUUUAAUUUUAAUUUUAGACAGAGCGAGAUACAGCCCCCAAAGGAUGUAAAAAUAGCGGUAUCGUUGUUUUUUCAAUUUCAGUAUCCGUCAGUCUUUUCUUUUAUUCAUAGAGAAUCAUUCCUAUAUUAUUUUCUAAGUAAUGAUUAUGAUAAUGACUUUGUUUCAGAUGACCUUGUGUUCGCAAUUAGUGCGCUUGGUUCUCUAAUGAGUGAAAAUAAAGAUCUACAAUUGAAAUCAGACUAUUUUUACGAUCAUGCGAAGUCUUUAGUCUUCAAAUCGAAUGAAAAUUUGUGCUUUACAAAUGAGACUUCAAUUACGAAAUUGCAGACAUUAUUGUGUUUAGCAUUGUAUGAUAUAGGUAGAGGAAAUUUAACGAGCGGCUGGCUACUUUCUGGACUUGCAUUUCGCAUGGGAUUUGAUUUUGGGUUUGAGUUAGAUCCAAAAGAGUGGAAAAUAUUAAAUUUGGAUCAAGAUAACCAAGGAAGGAUAAAGAAAAAAUUGCAUGCUGAUUAUCCUUUUCAAAUUCACAAUGUGAAAAGUCGUAUUUAUUGGGGCUGUUACAUUGCAGACAAUUUCGUAAGUCUAGUACUUGGAAGACCCACAACCCUCAAAUUAUCUGAUACUAACAUGCCUGAAUCGGAAGAUAUGGGAGAUCUAACGAAUAUUGAAGAAUAUAUGUAUCACAAUCCUAAGACAAACGUGAUUCAAUCUGCUUAUCCUACAAUUAAAGCAUUAGCGGAACUUAUCAAUCUUUCUAAUUAUAUACUAACAUCUGUAUUUGAGCCACUCUCUAACUUACCACAAGAACAGUUAAAUAUCGAAUAUUCUAAGCGAUUGAAAAAAUUAUGUUUUUAUAAUAGAAAGUUACUUAAAUGGAAAUCUGAACUACCUAAUGCCUUACAGUGGAAUCGUGGAAAUAUAGAAAAUUCUUGUAAUGACAUAUUCUUGCAUACACAUAAGUGUUACUUUUAUAUUGUUUCGCUAUGCUUAAACAGACCAUUUAUACAACUUUCUGUCACCAUGGAGGAGGAUUACGAAGAGAUAUCACCUAUUUCGAUUUGUGACAAUAUCGUUGACGAGAUUGAUGUUAUAGUUUCUGGCGUAGAAACUUUGAAGGGAAUCGAUAGUAGAGCUGUUGGCGUUCUCUUGGUGUUUUGCAUUAUUAUAUCGAUAAGCAUCUUAUAUAUUAGGUUCUCGAUACUGAAAGAUAUUAAUGAAAAGUUUGAAAUUGAGUCCAAGCUAAGGAAGUUCUCUCGUUUUCUCGAUCAUUGUUCAACUAUUUGGCAUGUUGCUAAAAAACCAUCUGAAAUUACCAAGAAAAGAAUCAGCAAUAUCUGGAAUGAUUUUAGCGCAAAUAGGGACAAACUGAUAGGUCAAUCCAGCAAUAAAGUGCUGACUACACAGGACACGCUUAUUAAUGUAAUGGACCAUUUAUUUAACCCGAACGGAGGUGAAAUUGGAAAUCUGUCUCUUUUACGACAUGAUUUGACAAGCAUGGAUUGGGAUGACUUUUUCGACUUUGAUUUAAAUUUUCACGAUGUGCAUAAUACAUGA